CUGCCAUUCUUAAUAAUAUCUUACUGCUAGCCACGGAUAUUUACCCAUUGUCUGCAUUUGCUUCGUUUGCGUCAUCCUCAAAUCUCUCUGGGCUCACCUGCAUUGACAGAGUACGCCCGGGCGUGUUCGACGAGACCGGAACAAUUUUGCCCGACUGCCGACACUAAUUGGGCAACUGACCUCACGAACAGCAGCUGCCAUCGCUCAACUUUCCGGGUGACGGCGCGCAACAUCCCGUCUUUGAUUCCACAACAACACCGCAUUAUGGCAUCCGACGAACCGCCUAAUCCCAUGGCCGAGUCCGGGGUCACAAUCCGGUCAGACAGCGAGCAGUACUCGGGUCACGAUGAGCUGUCGGUCUCGCCUCCGCAGUCCUCCUCCCCAGCCGUCGUUCUCUACCAGCCACCUACCAUUUGGUCCAUCCUCCGCGGUGCCGCAAUCAACCUACUGCUACCGUUUAUCAAUGGCAUGAUGCUUGGCUUUGGUGAGCUGUUUGCACACGAGGCCGCAUUCAGGUUAGGGUGGAGCAAUACCAGGGUACGUCAUGCUCUCUGCCGCACGAAACGGCGCACCAGGUUAGAAAGACUGACGUAUUGUAGGUAUUCCCUCUCUCGAGGCGGCAAGCGCAUCCUAUCGGUCCUGGUAUUGCCGAAGCCUCCAAACCGACAUCUUGCCCGACAAUUCGGCACAGCAUUGCGCACCAACAACGGUACUACACUACUUGGCGCACGGACGAAAUGGCGGGUAAGAAGUCCGUUUGUCUUCGCCGUCGCCUCUCAGCCCGUACUGUCCUCCCUCCGGCAAGCCCGCAAUGCAUCGACUCAGACGCCGGUACCGCCCGCUGCCCCUCCGGCCGACGCCUCAACACUCGCAGAUGUCACGGCGACCCCCGUCGAGCUGUCCGGAAGCGAUCUCCUUGAUAUCCCUGAGCAGAUUGGCUUUCUGAAGACCCUUGGCUUAGACUAUGGCUGGGGUCCAACCUCGCUCAUGCAGACGAUCCUCGAGUCCGUCUACGUCUACACCGGUCUGCCCUGGUGGGCUUCCAUCACCUUGGUGGCCGUUGGCCUCAGGCUUGCCCUCUUCAAGCCGGUCAUGGAUGCCCAGGAGAACCAGCUGAGGUAUCAAGAGCUACAGAAGGACCCGCAAUACAAGGCCGCCAUGGAGCAAAUGAAGCGCACCAUGGUUAGCGGCAACCACCUGGCCGGCGCUGAGGCGCGGGCCAGGAUCGGAAUGAUGAACCGAGAGGCUGGUUAUUCCUUCAGGAAAGCCUUGAUCCCAAUGCUGCAGAUCCCCCUCGGCUACGGCGUGUUUCGUCUGAUCGGGGGCAUGGCGAAGCUUCCGGUGCCGUCGUUUGAAACCGGUGGAGUUUUGUGGUUUACGGACCUCACCGCGCCUGACCCGUUGUUCAUUUUGCCCAUCCUCACGGGUGUUAUCAUUACUAUGGGCAUGAGGAUUCCUCUCCCCUACAUGUCUGGUCAGCAACAGAAGACAAUGAAGAUCAUGAGCCUUGUGGUCCUCCCGAUUACGGGAGUGGUUUCUCUCUUUCUCCCGGCGGGCACGACCUUCUACUUCUUUGUGUCGUCCUUUUUACAUCUCGCGCAAACAUGGUUAAUGCACCAGUCCUGGUUCAGGCGAUUGCUCGGGUUGAAGCAGCUACAACAACCGGUCGACCCAGGCCAGCCUUCCUGGCAAGCACCGCGGGUCGUGGAUCUGAGUGCCCCGAGAGUCUCGCCAGCAGGCCAGGCUGCCGCCGUUGCCAGUUCCGAGACCAUUUUCGCAAGCCUUAAAUCCACGCUGAAGGAUGCCAAGGAGACGUUCGAGGAGCGUACGGAUCGGGGCACGAAGGAACGCGCCCAGAAGGCCGCUCGCGAGUACGAAGAGAAGCGGGCGCUCGAAGAGAAGGAGAGACUUGUUGCGCGCCUGCAACAGAAGCGGCUGAAGGAUGACCGUUACGAAUGAAGGACGAUCUGUGGCAUCACAUGAUGCAUCGAGAGUCACGUCCUCACGGAGUCACAGAGGCCGGCAUCGACACCGCAGCUGACAAGAUGGAAGCUGCUGUUGCCACUCAACUGUACAUUACACCACAUCCCACUGCGUCUACCUUCCCCAUUGCUCGCUCCGACAACCUCGAUCGACCCACUGGCUUCAGGCGACUAGCAUGUCAAGGCACAAGUAGCACCAGGGUGGCCAGUACAACUGCAGAUCGUUCGCAUGGCGAAAUGGUGUGGCUUUGUGAUGUCAGCCAAAGCAUGUCUGUCUUGUGGUCAUUUUGGAGUUCCAGGAGGGGCAGUGGUGAGCACGCCAUCCUCCCCUGCCAAAAGCAGCGCUUGGAGUGGACGCUGCCAAGCCUGCUUUGUCUGAUUGGACAGCCGAGAUGGGAGGUUGACUGCCGUACGACGGUUAGGAUCGCAGCAGGCGGGCUAUGUGGUUCUAGAUAUUUAAUCCGUCGUCAU